UGGUAGAAGAACAAGAAACAAUAACAGAAAAAAUCAAUCGUGUUGUUUUUGUGUGGAGUGGAUUUUUGGGGUGGGCUUAUGAAAAGUUUAAUGAAAUAAUUUUAAAUUAAUGCUGACGCAACACCAAUGAGCAUUUGUAAAUAAUCGAUGCAAUCAAAAUCGUUCAUUGCAAGAUCAUAAUGAAAUGAAUAUUCCGGACUUCAAUUCCCCAAACAAAACCAUGACUUCAAAGCCCGUAGGUCUCGUGUCGCCAAACAUCAAUAAGGCCAAUCCUCACUUAUCGAUUGUCCCAUCAGCUCCAGUAAUUCCAGUAGGACCCAAGGAUGCUCUCCAUGAAGUUAAAAUUCAAAAUGUCGUGGCAACUGUGUCGGUAGCAUGUGAGUUAAAUCUUCAGGACAUCAACUUCAGGACCCGCAAUUCGGAGUAUAAUCCCUCUAGAUUCCACGGUGUUGUCAUGCGAAUGAGAGAACCCCGAUGUACAGCCUUGAUAUUUCGUACGGGAAAAAUAAUUUGCACAGGAGCACGCAAUGAAGCCCAAGCGCAUUUAGGAGCUCGUAAAUUCGCUAGAAUACUCCAAAAACUCGGCUAUUGUGUUAAAUUUAAUGACUUUAAAAUGCAAAACAUAGUGGCGACCGUAGACUUGCGUUUUCCCAUUCGAUUGGAAAAUCUAAAUCAAGUUCAUGGUCAAUUUAGUUCAUAUGAACCGGAAUUGUUUCCCGGAUUGAUUUAUCGUAUGGUCAAACCAAGGAUGGUACUACUAAUAUUUGUAAAUGGAAAAAUUGUUUUCACAGGGGCAAAGGCAAAAAAAGAUAUAAUGGACUGUCUGGAAAUCAUUUAUCCUAUUUUACAAAGUUUUCGUAAGAAUUAGAUUUAUGUACCUAGAUUUUAAUAUUUUUUUUAAGUAAAAUAUUUCUCAUAAUUAA